CCGUCUACCUGUCUUUACCUCCUUCAGUUCUCAUUCGCAGGCAGCAGCAGCAUCGGAGAGACGCUUCAGCCGAGACAUGAGCGGACGAGUCGGAGACCUGAGCCCUAAGCAGGCCCAGACCCUAACCGAGUUUCGGGAGAGGAUUCAAGAUGUUCUCCCCAGCCUGCCGGCUCAGCAUGACCACUACCUCCUCCGCUGGCUUCGAGCUCGUAACUUCAAUCUUCAGAAAUCAGAGAACAUGAUCAGGAAGCAUGUGGAGUUCAGGAAGCAGAUGAAAGUGGACACCAUCAUAGCUGACUGGAAGCCUCCAGAGGUUAUCGAGAAGUACGUAUCCGGUGGGAUGUGCGGCUACGACCGAGAGGGGAGUCCCAUCUGGUACGACGUGAUUGGCCCUCUGGACCCCAAAGGCCUGCUGCUGUCAGCCACCAAACAGGACUUCCUGAAGACGAAGAUCAGACACAUCGAGAUGCUGCAGCGGGAGUGUCGGAGGCAGUCUGAGAAGCUCGGGAAGAACAUAGAGUCCACCACUCUGAUUUAUGACUGCGAAGGACUUGGACUGAAGCACAUUUGGAAACCUGCUAUUGAGACUUACGGAGAGGUCCUCACCAUGUAUGAAGACAACUACCCUGAGGGGCUGAAGAGGGUGCUCCUCAUUAAAGCUCCUAAAAUGUUUCCGAUGGCCUACAACUUGAUCAAACACUUCCUGUGUGAGGAAACGCGACGGAAAAUCGUGGUUUUAGGAAGUAACUGGCAGGAAGUCCUGCGCAAGCACAUCGACCCGGACCAGCUUCCUGUGGUGUACGGAGGAACCCUGACUGACCCGGACGGAGACCCUCGCUGCAGAACGAUGAUCAACUACGGCGGGAUCGUUCCCAAGUCUUACUACGUGCGGGAGUCGCUGAAGGUUCAGUAUGACAGCAGCGUCACCAUCAGCCGCGGAUCAAGCUUGCAGCUGGAGUACGACGUCGCUGCCCCCAGCAGCCUCCUCAGGUGGCAGUUUGCCAGCGACGGAGCAGACAUCGGGUUUGGAGUGUACCGGCGCACCAAGGACAGCAGGAGUCAGAAGGUAGCCGAGAUGGUGCAGGUUCUUCCCAGUGAGCGGUACAACGCCCACCUGGUCCCAGAAGACAGCUGGCUCACCUGCUCGGAGCCAGGAGUCUAUGUGCUGUGUUUUGACAACAGCUACAGCAUCCUCCAGUCCAAGAAGGUUAGCUACAACGUGGAGGUGAUUCCUCCUGCGGAUGAACAGCUGGAGACUCUGUGCAGCAGAGGGGACGUGGGGCUGCAGUGAGGAUACGCAAACAUUUACAUCUCACAUUUUGGUCACCUCGCUGCCUCACGACGACUGGAUUUAACCUCAGCAUCUCUCAGUGCACUGCAUGUUAGUUCCUAAUUGUUUGGAGCCUUAAUUGUAAAGUUGAUUAAUGUGAGGAUGAGAAGCAGUACUGUGAAUGCAGUGCACUGAAACCGUGCCAAAAUGAUUCAGAACUGAACCACAGGUCAGUUCAAGCAGUCCAGCUGAGAUUCCAUAGUUAUCAAAGUAUGCAUUGCAUUUACUAGAUUAUAAUAGUUAGAUUAUAAAUACACAUGUUAAUUAAUAAUAAUUUUUUCAGAUAAUAUUUAUUUUUGGAUCAAUUUCCUGCAAGAUUUGCUUGAUCAUGAACACAACACAUUUACACUGCCAUCUACAGGCCAGUUUUGGGUGAUCCAAAGUCACCAGUAACAGCUGCCUCACACCAGCUGGUUGUGUUUUCAGCACUUUGCUGAACUUUAUGGAGUUCUGCUUUUAAAGUCGAUGUGUAUAACAGUAGGACCUGUCCUCUUCACCAGCGGUGGAGCUAGAAAUUGCCCGUUGCUCACUCAGGAGUGGCCAACAACUGAGCGACGCCGGAGUUCAGAGCACAACAUCAGUAUUUUCCAAAUUCAAUUCAAAAAUACUGUAUUGAUUCCACAGGGAAUUCCAAAGAGAAUAAGUGAUUAUUCAUAUUUUUAAGUUAAGUAAAUAUCUAGUUUUAAUAUUCUUGGUGUGCAAUCUGUUAAUGAAACCACUUGACUGAUCUUUAUGUGUUGAGCAGCCAAAAAUAAAAGAUAAAAAGCAGGCGGGAGAUGCCACUGAAGUAUUGACUCUGCAAGCUAGAAACUGUUAGGGCAUGUCAUAAAUAUGUAAUAAUUUAUUUUAAUUUAUGAACGCUUCAUUAUGUCAAGGUUAAUGUUGAAAUGUUGCAAUAAAAACCUAUUGUGUUUAAA